AUUGAUUUUUUAUAAUUGAUGUAUUCGAUAUGGCGAUAUUAAAAUUUAGAAAAUUUGAUAUAUCGAAAUACGAUAUGAUUUCAAAAAUUAACAAUCCUACUUUCUGAGGUUGAAAAUUGAAUGGUCCUCAUCACAGCGGUCGACGGCAGCUUAUUUUAAUUGGUUGCGGGUAAUUCACCUAUAAAAAUAUUAUUGAAAAAACAUAUAUAUCGAUAUAUAAAUCGGUCAGCUGUUUGUUAGUUUGGUAGAAAAGAAAAACAGGCACUUUUCCAACAAAUUUUCCGAAUGGGCGACUCCAACAAAGAAGACAUUCUGCACCUGCCGAACGGCGAUGCUCUGACCGGAGAUGAGGUUAAGUCGCAGUUUUUGAUUGGCGUGGCAGGAGGCACGGCCAGCGGCAAGUCUACCGUGUGCAAGAAGAUCAUGGAGCAACUUGGGCAGGCCGAAAUGGACCAUACACAGCGCCAGGUGGUGGCUAUCAGCCAGGACAGCUUCUAUCGCGAGCUGACAGCCGCCGAGAAGGCCAAGGCACAGAAGGGCCUGUUCAACUUUGACCAUCCGGACGCCUUCAACGAAGAGCUGAUGUUCGAUACACUUCAGGGCAUCCUCAAGGGUCACAAGGUGAAGAUACCCGGCUAUGACUACCGCACCAAAGGCAGAGCGUUGCAAGCGAUAUUGCAUGUUAUACGAAGCCCCGAAUGGAUCAUGGGUGGCGGCAACACCCACCACUCUGGGGAUCUCUCGCUGAUCGGGCGACGGAUUAGUCACAUCGGCACCCAAAAACAUGGUGUUCUUUAGCAGACAGUGCAGGUCAUCCCUUAGCUUGUGAUUGGUGCCGUUCAGUUUGGAAUUGACCUUAAGUAGAACGUUACCAAUAACCUGCGCGUUACAUUUACGCUCGACUGUGAUCUGCUUGAUGCAUUGUGUGAGAAUGCCAUCCUGCAGCUCCGCCUUUUACUUCACGACAUCAAAAAAGCGACCGAAAUUUGGUAUAACAACGAACACCAAACGAUUAACCUAUUAUAAGCCAACUAGGUUUUUCAAUUUUCCACCGAAAAUAAUGAAAAUUUAACCAUUUCAUAUAUAUCCAUAUUGUAGGAAAAGCAGUCAAGGUAUAUAACGUCAGAACGAAUAUAUGUAACUAUAACAGUAUUAAAAUUAAUGUCGCACCCAGUGUAAGGAAAGCAGUCAAGUGAUGGGUGGAUAAGUGCCGGAGCCGGAUAAGACACUGCGCGGUCGCAACGAGGAAACAUGUGACAAAGAUUGUAUGUCAAUUGCUGCAGUACAUCAAUAUCCAAGUUGCCCGUAUUCUCAAAUAGGUUGUAACGCGUCCGCUUUGCCGUCGCCUGAAUCGACUGAUGGCUGACCAUGAAGAACUGGAUCUCAUUGGAAUGGACAAUGGUGCGAUCGACGACGGUUCCCGGAACAACAUUGUUGAACUUAUUGUAUUGCGAUGGAGCUCCGUUCGGAAAGAAGCGCGUAUGAUGCCGGUUAACUACAAUGACGCAGCAAAUCUUGGGUUUGAUAUGCAUCUGAAAGGAAGCGAAGCAGGCCGCAGAAAUCCCCCUCAACUCUUCAUUCUUAAUCUUGGGAAACUGUCCAUCGCUGCCACCAUCACGAUAAUAGAUAAUGUGCUCGGGAUAGGAUAUGCGGAACUGAUGAUAGACACGCAAGUGCUCAAGAGCUACCGACUCCAUGUCCUCAAUCUCCUCCAAGGCAGAGCGUUGCAAGCGAUAUUGCAUGUUAUAUGAAGCCCCGAAUGGAUCAUGGGAGGCGGCAACACCCACCACACUGGGGAUCUCACGCUGAUCUGGCGAUGGAUGAGUUACAUCAGCACCCAAGAACAUCGCAUUCUUUAGCAGACAGCGGGGGUCAUCCUUUAGCUUAUGAUUGAUGCCGUUUAGCUUGGAAUUGACCUUAAGUAAAACGUUAACGUAACGUUCUAAGUAGAACGUUAACGUAACGUUCUAAUUAAAGUUAAUUCCAAACUGAACGGCACCAAUCACAAGCUAAGGGAUGACCUGCACUGUCUGCUAAAGAACACCAUGUUUGUGGGUGAUGGUGUGACUCAUCCGUCGCCCGAUCAGCGAGAGAUCCCCAGAGUGGUGGGUGUUGCCGCCACCCAUGAUCCAUUCGGGGCUUCAUAUAGCUUGUGAUUGGUGCCGUUCCGUUUGGAAUUGACCUUAAGUAGAACGUUACCAAUAACCUGCGCGUUACAUUUACGCUCGACUGUGAUCUGCUUGAUGCAUUGUGUGAGAAUGCCAUCCUGCAGCUCAGCCUUUUACUUCACGACAUCAAAAAAGCGCCCGAAAUUUGGUAUAAUAACGAACACCAAAUCAAAUUGAUUUCGAAAAAAUGAGCAUCCAGUUCACGUUCAUCUUUGUAAUUCUGUUUCUCGUCCUUGGUAUCCAAUGGUGUAUGUGUAUCCAUGAAAAUUCUAAGCAAAAAACCAUUAAAAAUAGAUCUUAUUGUUUUUAUUUUCUAAC